CCAGAAGCAAAACCUUCAACUGAGGACUUAGGAGAUAAGAAGGAAGGAGAAUAUAUUAAACUCAAAGUUAUUGGACAGGAUAGCAGUGAGAUACAUUUCAAAGUGAAAAUGACAGCACAUCUCAAGAAACUCAAAGAGUCACACUGUCAAAGACAGGGAGUUUCAAUGAAUUCACUCAGGUUUCUCUUUGAAGGUCAGAGAAUUGCUGAUAAUCAUACUCCGAAAGAACUGGGAAUGGAGGAAGAAGACGUGAUUGAAGUUUAUCAGGAACAAAUGGGGGAGGGUCACUUGAUGGUUUAGAUAAUUCUUUUUAUUUUUUAUUAUUUCCUUUUCCCUCAAUCCUUUUUUACUUUUAAAAAUAGUUCUUUUGUAAUGUGGUGUUCAAAAUGAAAAUUGAAUAAUGGCACUCCAUCACUUAGAACAUCUGGUAAUCUGAAUCCUAGUGGUCAAUAUUCAUUAUUGGUUGUUUUUGUUGUGCUGAUUUUUGGUGAUCAGACCUCAGCUCCCUUAACAUUGCCCUUCUUCCUUUAAGAGAUUUCAUGUGUGCACAGAGAGGCCACCCUUUCCAGGACUGUGCAUUUUCAGGGUUGUGAUGACAAAAAGGUCGACCAAUGGGAACUUCCCUGUAGCCUUUCAAUGGUCCUGUAGUUCUGGCUGUGGUUGCUUUACUCCUGGACUAUGAUUUUCAGUGGGAGAUGGAGAUUUUUCAGAGAACCGAACUGAAAAAUGACCUUUUCUCAGCUUGAAGCUACUUUUAAAAUCUGAGGGUCUGGACCAAAAGAAGAACAUCAUGUUUGUAGUCAAGGUGACAGAUACAGUGAGAGUAACAGCUAACUCCAAAGGUGGCUUCCCUGGAGAAAAAGAAAGUGCCUUGAGCAAGACAGUAUUGUCAGAAGAUCACAGGAAAGUUCUAAUCUUCAUCAGUAGUUAAUAAGAAAGUUACUCAUACAGAAGUGUACGCAACAGAAAAUGCUCCUUUUGAUUCUGUUGUACUUUUUGGCCUGGGACAUGGGUUUUCAAGGGAUAUCAUCUGUACUAGCUUCAUUAAAAUAAACAAUAUGUAAAAAUCGUAAAAAAAAUAUUGCAAAGCUUCUGUAAGGCAAAAGAUACUGUCAUACUGUCAAUAGGACAAAAUGGCAACCAACAGAUUAGGAAAAGAUCUUUACCAAUCUUACAUCCAAUAGAGAGCUAAUAUCCAAUUUAUUCAAAGAACUCAGAAAGUUAGACUCCAGAGAACCGAAUAACCCUAUUAAAAAUGGGGUACAGAGCAAAACAAAGCAUUCUCAACUGAAGAACAUGGAAUGGUUGCUAAGCACCUAAGGAAAUGUUCAACAUCCUUAGUCAUCAGGGAAAUGCAAAUCAAAAUGACCCUGAGAUUCCACCUCUUUCCAGUGAGAAUGGCUAAGAUCAAAAACUCAAGUGACAGCAGAUGCUGGCGAGGAUGUGGCGAAGAAGGGACACUCCUCCAUUGUUGGUGGGAUUGCAAGCUGGUACAACCACUCUGGAAAUUAGUCAGGUGGUUUCUCAGAAAAUUAAACCCAGGGAUACCUGAGGAUGCAGCUAUUCCAUUCAUGGGCAUAUACCCAAAAGAUGCUCCAACAUAUAACAAGGACACGUGCUCCACUAUGUUCAUAGCAGCCUUAUUUAUAAUAGCCAGAAGCUGGAAACAACCCAGAUGUCCUUCAACAGAGGAAUGGAUACAGAAAAUGUAGUACAUUUACACAAUGGGGUACUACUCAGCUAUUAAAAACAAUGACUUCAUGAAAUUCUUAGGCAAAUGGAUGAAACUAGAAAAUUUUAUCCUGAAUGAGGUAAUUCAAUCACAAAGGAACACACAUGGUAUGCACUUACUGGUAAGUGGAUAUUAGCCCCAAAGCUCGGAAUACCCAAGAUACAAUUUACAGAACACAUGAAGCUCAGGAAGAAAGAAGACCAAAGUGUGGAUGCUUCAGUCCUUCUUAGAAAGGGAACAAAAUACUCACAGGAGGAAAUACGGAGACAAAGUGUGGAGCAGAGACUGAAGGAAAGGCCAUCCACCCACUGAACCACUGAGGAUCUAUCCCAUAUAUAGUCACCAAACCAAGAUACUAUUGUGGAUACCAAGAAGUACUUGCUGAAGAAUCCUGAUAUAGCUGUCUCCUGAGAGGCUCUGCCAGAGCCUGACAAAUACAGAGGUGGAUGCUUGCAGUCAACCAUUUGACUGAGAAUGGGGUUCCCAGUUGAGGAGUUAGAGAAAGGACUGAAGGAACUUAAGGGGUUCACAACCCCAUACAAAGAACAAUAUCAACCAACCAGACCCUCCAGAGUUCCCAGGGACUAUACCACCAACCAUAGAGUACACAUAGAGCAGCCCAUGGCUCUAGCCAUAUGCAUAUGUAGCCGAGGAUGGCCUUGUCAGGCAUCAAUAGGAGGAG